AUGCAGCAGCCAAGCGCAACCCUGGCUUCGACUACUACCCAGGCACAUCAAACUCACGAUGACACAACAAACCAUUCGAAUGUCGAUGCCGAGAAGACAGUUGGUACAGUGCUUUCUGGUGCGGAUUAUGAGCCUCCCUUCUCGAUCUUUACUCUUACCGAAAAGAAACUCAUCGUCUUAACCAUAUCUUUUAUUGGUCUGGUAUCCCCAUUAUCAGCGAGCAUAUACUUCCCAGCUAUCAACACACUGGCAAAAGACCUUCAUGUCUCAACAUCAGACAUCAAUCUGACCGUAACUACUUACCUGGUAAGUCGUUCAACUUCCAUUGCCAAAGUCCCUGACAUUAACACUUUACUCCAGAUCUUUCAGGCCAUUGGUCCGACCCUCUUUGGCAAUCUGUCUGACGUUCAUGGAAGAAGGCCAGCUUACAUCAGCUGUCUUACAAUCUCGAUCGCGGCCAACGUCGCAUUGGCCUGCCAAAGAUCAUACCCUGCCCUCCUGGUCCUCCGUUGUGUUCAAAGCUCUGGCUCUGCGGCUACAGUUGCUUUAGCUCAAGCUGUCGUUGCUGACGUUUCGACAAGAGCGGAAAGAGGUAAGUGGAUUGCUUAUGCAAGCAUAGCGAUGAUGAUGGGUCCUGCUCUAGGUCCUCUAGUCGGCGGACUGCUGGAUGCCUAUCUUGGCUGGCCAUCUAUCUUUUGGUUUUUGGCCAUAUUUUCUGGAGCUAUGUUGAUGGCAACCCUGUGUUUUCUCCCCGAAACUUCCCGGGCUGUUGUUGGAAACGGAUCUAUUCCGCCACAGAAAUGGAACAGAACGCUGUGGUCAUGCUUAAGAAAGAAGGAUAUCACUGAGCAGACCAACACAUUACAGCGCUCGACUAAGAGGCCAAGCCCGAUCCAGUCUUUGCUCGUCUUACUCAAGAAAGAAGACGGCCUUAUUCUGCUCUACGGAGCCUUGUUGUACGCUGGCUUCUACAUUGUUCUUAUCACCCUGACCGACCAACUCUCGCAGCGCUAUGGCCUGAACACUGUUCAAAUCGGUCUCUGCUACCUACCCUUUGGUGUCGGAUGCAUGGCCUCGCGCUUUUCUGUUGGUAUACUUCUAGACCGAAACUACAAACGGCUAGCACGUCAGCUCGACCCGUCUGGCGAAUCUGAUCCCAACGCCAAAGAAUCUGACGCCUUUCCCAUUGAGAAGGCUCGUCUACAGAUCGGCAUUCCAGCGAUUCUUGCCUCGGCUAUUAUUACCAUAACCUACGGCUGGGUCCUGUAUUACAAAACCUCGUUGGCAGGACCACUGGUCAUGUUGUUCUUCGUCGGCAAUUUCACCACUGGAGCAUUCAAUGUGUUUAGCACCUUGAUUAUCGAUAUUAACUUGCACCAGCCAGGUACAGCAGCUGCAGCAAACAAUCUGGCCAGAUGUGGUAUGGGGGCCGCUUUUACGGCCUUUGCACAACCUUUGGUGAAUGCCAUCGGAAUUGGAUGGGCGAGCGUUGCAGUUUCUUUUCUAUGGAUUUUGGCAGCACCUUGUCUGUUUGCAGUCGUGACAUGGGGACCCAAGUGGCGUGCUGCAGAGAAACUGAAGCUAGAGCAAAGAGAGGUUCGGAAAUGA